AUGGCUUCCUCAAUGGCUUGGAGACGACUCGCUUCGGCGCCGUCGCUCUCGCGCGCCUGUUCCGCCCAGUCCAGAGCCUUCUCCUCGACACGACCAGUCGCCCGCGUCAUCUCGAACGGGCCGCUCAGGGCUAAGGAGGCAUCGCCGUUUCUCAGCACAAAGUACCCCGUCAUUGACCACGAGUACGAUGCGCUCGUUGUCGGUGCCGGCGGCGCCGGCCUGCGCGCUGCCUUUGGCCUUGCCGAGGCCGGAUUCAACACGGCCUGCAUCUCCAAGCUCUUCCCCACACGGAGUCACACGGUCGCGGCCCAGGGCGGCAUCAACGCUGCGCUCGGCAACAUGCACGAGGACGACUGGAGGUGGCACAUGUAUGACACGGUCAAGGGCUCCGACUGGCUUGGCGACCAGGAUGCCAUCCACUACAUGACCCGCGAGGCCCCGGCGUCCAUCGUCGAGCUCGAGAACUACGGCUGCCCCUUUUCCAGAACUGAGGACGGCAAGAUCUACCAGCGAGCAUUCGGUGGCCAGUCCCAGAAGUUCGGCAAGGGCGGCCAGGCAUACCGCUGCUGCGCCGCCGCUGAUCGUACCGGCCACGCUCUCUUGCACACUCUCUACGGCCAGUCCCUGAGGCACAACACCAACUACUUUAUCGAGUAUUUCGCCAUUGACCUGAUCAUGGAGGAUGGCGAGUGCCGCGGCGUCUUGGCCUACAACCAGGAGGACGGAACCCUGCACCGCUUCUUGGCCAACCACACAGUCCUCGCCACCGGCGGAUACGGCCGAGCCUACUUCAGCUGCACUUCGGCGCACACGUGCACCGGUGACGGCAUGGCCAUGGUCGCCCGUGCCGGUCUGCCCAACCAGGAUCUCGAGUUCGUGCAGUUCCAUCCCACCGGAAUCUACGGCGCCGGCUGCCUGAUCACCGAGGGUGCCCGCGGUGAGGGUGGCUACUUGUUGAACUCGGAGGGUGAGCGGUUCAUGGAGAGAUAUGCCCCGUCAGCCAAGGAUCUUGCCAGCCGUGACGUCGUUUCGCGCUCCAUGACCUUGGAGAUUCGCGAGGGCCGUGGCGUUGGUGAGGAGAAGGACCACAUCUUCCUCCAGCUUAGCCAUCUUCCCGCCGAGAUCCUGGCUGAGCGUCUGCCCGGUAUCUCGGAGACUGCUGGCAUCUUUUCUGGCGUCGAUGUCACCAAGCAGCCCAUCCCCGUCCUGCCUACUGUCCAUUACAACAUGGGCGGCAUUCCCACGAGAUACACUGGUGAGGUUCUGACGGUCGACGAGCAGGGCAACGACAAGGUUGUCCCGGGUCUGUUCGCCUGCGGUGAGGCUGCUUGCGUGUCGGUUCACGGCGCCAACCGGUUAGGAGCCAACUCUCUGCUUGACUUGGUCGUUUUCGGCCGUGCCGUCUCGCAUACCAUCCGUGACAACUUCACUCCCGGCGCGGCCCUCAAGCCCAUCAGCGCCGACGCUGCCGCUAAUUCGAUCGAGACGCUCGACAAGCUCCGCACUUCAGACGGCCCCAAGCACACCUCCGAGAUUCGUCUGGCCAUGCAAAAGACUAUGCAGAGGGACGUCAGCGUCUUCCGCACCCAAGAGAGUUUAGACGAAGGUGUAACCAAGAUCACCGCCGUCGACGAGUCGUUUUCGCAGGUUGGCAUCAAGGACCGCAGCAUGAUCUGGAACUCGGAUCUGGUGGAGACUCUGGAGCUAAGGAACCUGCUCACUUGCGCAACUCAGACAGCCGUCUCCGCUGCGGCGAGAAAGGAGUCCCGUGGCGCUCACGCCCGCGAGGACUAUCCCGAACGCGACGACAAGGAGUGGAUGAAGCACACGCUCAGCUGGCAGAAGAAGCCGCACGGCAAGAUCGACCUCUCGUAUCGUCGCGUUAUCGGCACGACCCUCGACGAGAACGAGUGCAAGGCUGUCCCGCCGUUCAAGCGUGUGUACUAA